AUGGCAUCAAUCGAACAAGACGAUCUUUUUAAUGUUCAAGACGAUGAAGAGGAAGAUAUGGAGGAAGAAGAAGAAGAAGACGAAAACGUUGAGGAUGAAGUAGAGAUAGAAGAAGUGGGGGAAAAUGCGGAUGCCCUGCAACAAGAAGAAGAAGAAGAAGAAGAUUAUCAAAUGGAUAUUGAUACUGAAGAUCAACAACAACAAAAUGAUGAUGAGGGAGAGGAGGAAGAAGAAGAGGAAGAAGAGGAAGAAGAGGAAGAGAAUGAAGAAGACGAUGAAGAUGAGGAAAUGGCGGAUGAAGAUGCUGAAAAUGAAGAAGAGGAAAAUGGAGAAGAAGAAGAAGAAGAAGAAGAAGAAGAAGAAGAAGAUAACAAGGAUGAAAAGGAUAACAAAGUUGUUGAAAAAGCUAUAGAAACUGGUCCAGAAAAGAAAACUACUGAUAAUGAUAAAGAGAAGGAUGAAAUUAAAUCAACAUCUGAACUGCAAUUACCUUCAGCAGCCAUUGAUCAAUCCAAAGAUAAUGACGAAGAUAUUUUCUUAGGUGAUGAUACUACCAAAAAUUCUGAUAACCCAACCCCCAAGGAUUCCUCCAAAGAUGCAAAUAUUGACAAUACUUUAUCUAAAGAUGAUAAAUCACCAAAAGAUGACUCCAAAAAGAAACCCCCCAUUGAUCAAUCAAAUAAUAAUAAUAAUACUAACAAAAGCCAAAGUCAACAAUCAGAAAAUACUAAACUUGAAAAAUCCAAAAAUAAAGAACAUCUAAUAGAAGACAAUGAGAAAAAUCAAAUCCAACCAGAAGAAUUGGAAACAAAUUUAUCAUUUCGAGAACAAACCAUACGGAAAGCUCGUAAAGCUACUGAAUUUGAUAUUAUCCCUCAAGUAGCCAUUCCUUAUGCUAAUCAAUGUCAUGCUUUAGCAUUUACUAAUGGACCUAAAUGGAUAUUAACUGGAGGUGAAGAUGGAUUUAUUCGUAAAUAUGAUUUUAUUGCUUCAAUUCAAGGGAAAUCUCCUUUAACAAUGGCACAAAAACAUAAUUUAUUUUCUGAUUCAUUAACUAAUGCCGGAGUAAUAUGUUCAUAUUGGGAAAAUGAACAACCAUUAACAAGAAAACAAUUAAUGACUCAAAAUCCAAAAUUAAAAGAUAGUGAUUUUUCUACUGGAUCAGUUAGUUAUGAACCAAAAAUUAAUCCUGUAUAUGCUUUAGAUGCUGAAAAAAAUGGUUAUUGGUGUUUAUCAGGAUUAUUAUCAGGUGGGAUAUCUUUAUAUACUAUGAGAUAUAAUGAAGGAGCUAUUCAUCAUUAUUUCCAUCAAGGAAAUAAAGAAAAUAAAUCUAGAGGUCAUACUGAUGCAGUAUCAGUAAUAAAAUUAAAUCAAGAACAAGAUAAAUUUUUAUCAGGAUCUUGGGAUAAAACAAUUCGACAAUGGGAUUUAAAUACUGGAAGAACAGUAUUAGAAUAUACUGGAAAUUCUGGUCAAAUAUCAAAUAUUGAAUUUAGACCUGAUGGAUUAAGUGAUAUUACUUUUGUGGUUUCUCAAGAUGAAGAGGAAGAGAAAAAGGAAGAGAAAUCAAUCGGUGGUAGUGGUGGUAGUGGUGGUGGUGGUGGUGGUAAUUCUGGGGAGACUUUGAUUAAUUCAAAUGAUGAUAUAGAUUCAUUAUUUGGUGAUAGUGAUAAAGAUAAAGAUGAAGAAAUGACCGACACAACUAAGAAGGAUAAGGAAAAAGAAAAAGAAAAAGAGAUACCAAGAAUAGUUAUUGAAUCAAUUGAUGAAUCAAAAUCCAAUAAAAAUAAUAAUAGAGGAGCUCAUAAUAAACCUCAUUUAAAUUCCAAUAUUUUUAUGUCAUCUACUAUAGAUGGAACAAUUAAUAUUUGGGAUAUUCGAACAAAUUCACCAGUUAUAAGAUUAGGAGUAUCUGAAGGAACACCACCAUGGUGUAUGUCACUGACAUGGUCAAAUAAUGGGGAUUUUAUUUAUGCUGGUCGAAGAAAUGGUACUGUUGAAGAAAUUUCCAUUAAAAUGCCUCAUAAACGUAGUAAACUGGGUCAUCAUCAAGAUACUAUGAUACCUAAUAUAUCAAAAUUAUUACAAUUUCCUAAAAUUAGUGGACCAGUAAGUGCUAUAUCAACUAUGCCUAAUGAUGAUUUUUUACUUUGUGGAUCAAAUGAUAAUAUUCGAUUAUAUAAUUUGAAAUUAUAUGAUGAAUUAAAUAAUAUUUCUAUUAAUUCUAAAAAACAAGCAACUCCAUUUUUAAUUGUUCCUGGUCAUCAUGGAGGAAUGUUAUCACAAUUAUAUGUUGAUGAAACUGGAAGAUUUAUGGUUAGUGCUAGUGGAUAUCGUGGUUGGGGUCAUGGAAAUUAUACUGAUACUGUAUUGAUAUAUGAAAUUGAUUUCCAAUAA